AUGACGAUCUCACUGAACCCUCGUGCACCCAAGCCCGACUACGAGAACGCCCCUCGCGAAGCGACCGGCCCCAUCGCCGCCGACUCUCUAGCGGCCGAGUCGUUGAGCUCGAAGGGCGGCUUCUCCGAGAACACAGGAGCAGCCGCGCAGUCGGUGCGAGGCGCGCAAUCCACAUUCGCCAACACCGACACAUCAGGCGCGCACGUGCUCCACCCAGCACCGUCAGGCGCUGUCCGCGAGAAGCAGGACGCCCUGAGCGCCGGCGCCGACGAGAAGGGCACGACGGGCCUCAAGCUCGACGCGGCCGGCAAGCCCAACUUCGACGGCGUGCACAACGCCGACGGCUACUAUGGCGGAGCGGGCGACAAGGGCCAACCGCUCAGCCAAGGCAGCGUGCGGGCGGGCGACAGCGACUUUGGCGCGACGACCUUUUCGAGCCGGGACACGGUCAAUCCCGAGAUCCGCUCGACCGGGAGCGACUUCGACAACGACAACACUUCAGGUGGUGGUUUUUCCUCUAGUACCGGCGUUCGACCCCACGUCGACGCUGCCCCGGGAUAUGUGUCCAACGUGACAGGCGAAGCGCGGCCCGACGGCACGUAUAAGCCCAAGGGCAGCAAUCUCGACGACGCAGAUGUCUCCGGGUCCAUUCCCAAGACGAAGACGUUCACGGGCAACGUCGGCGGCCAGUACGAUCCGGGUCGCGUGGCUGAGCGUGAAUUCGAAGGCCGCAACACUGGUGUCGAGACAGAGUUGUCUUCCUCCGGUGUAGCGGGUGGAAGACAGAGACAGCAGGGGUCCUCGGGCGCAGUGGGCGAGCAGGGUGGCCAGUACGGUGUGCUUGAAAGCGAGAGAGCAUGA